AUGUCUUCAGGCAACCGGUCCUUUUUUGCUCCUCAAGAGACACGUGUUGAUCUCCCGUCUGCGUCCAACACACAAACACCAAGUGGCACCCGCCCAGCAAGUCCUUCCGAGAAUGAUCGCGCCCCCUUCCUCGAAUCGGGUCCCAGCGACCGACGCGAAGACCCACGAUUGGGCGCUAAAGCUGUCGCCGAGAAGCCCGCCGUCGGUAUCGCAGCGUUGGCUCCUAUCCUCAGCUACUGCGCCGCCAGUAUCACCAUGACCGUCGUCAACAAGUUCACCGUCUCCGGCGCCGGCUUCAACAUGAACUUGCUCGUCCUCCUCAUCCAGUCUACCGUUGGUUGCGUUUGCGUCGUUGUCGCGGAGCGCGCUGGCCUUAUCCAGCUUCGAGGUCUCAACAAACGCGAUGCGUGGAACUGGAUGCCGCUCAGCACCAUGCUCGUCUUUGUCAUCUGGACCGGAAGCAAAGCGCUUCAGCAUCUCAACAUCGCCGUGUACACCAUCUUCAAGAACCUCACCAUCAUUCUCAUCGCCUACGGAGAGGUCGUCUGGUUCGGAGGUCGUGUUACUCGCGUCAUUCUCUCCAGCUUCCUGCUCAUGGUGCUCUCAUCCGUUAUCGCUGCGUGGGGCGACAUCUCGAAAGUCUUUGACAUUCCCAGCUUCCCUCACACCCCUGACUCGAUGUUUGGCUCCUCGUACAACAAGCCCGCCGGUCGUGCUCUCACCGAGAGGGCGUACAGCAGCACGUCGUUGCCAAGCCAGGGUCUCAUGUCGAGCGGCUACCUCUGGAUGGCGUUCAACUGUCUCUGCAGCGCUGCCUACGUCCUGCUCAUGCGCAUCCGCAUCAAGACCACCGGCUUCAAGGACUGGGACACCAUGUUCUACAACAACUUCCUCAGCAUCCCCGUCUUGCUCAUCAUGUCGUUCCUCGUCGAGGACUGGUCCGCCGCCAACCUGCACAAGAACUUCCCGGACGACAAGCAGACCAGCCUCAUCUCGGCCGUCAUCUUCUCCGGCACCUGCGCUAUCAUGAUCAGCUACACCACCGCCUGGUGCAUCCGUGCCACCUCGAGUACCACCUACAGUAUGGUUGGCGCGCUCAACAAGCUGCCUGUUGCGCUCAGCGGCAUGGUAUUCUUCCACGACCCACCUGUCACCUUCUCGAGCGUCAGCGCCAUCAUGGUCGGCUUCUUUGCCGGUCUCGUGUAUGCGUUUGGUAAGAACAAGCAGGCUGAGGCCGCCAAGCUCGCCGCUGGCUCGUCGGCGAAUGGCAGCUCUCAGUUGGCUGGAUCCAAGACCGACGCAUUGCCGAUGCACAACCUCAACGAGAGGAAAGAUUGA